GCAGGAGCUGGCAGCGUCCUCACGUGUCGGAGCUCCGGGUAGAGAGGCCCUGGCUCGGGCGCGCGCGCCACGUCGUCCUGCUCCUCGGGUCCUCUCUGCUGCUCCGGCCCCCCCGGGCUCCGUGGCCCGCCUGGCCCUGGCCUGCCCCGCUCUCGGCCGUCCCCUGUGGAGACUUCCCCUCCGCGCCCCGCGCCUGAGGAGGAGGAGUCUCGGCUGCAUGUCGCCGGCUCGGCGGGAGCGCACGCCCUCUGUCAUGACGAAAACCCUGCCGGAUAGGAUUGAAGCCAUUCUGCAGGAGAGAAUCAUGGUGCUGGAUGGAGGCCUGGGGACCAUGAUCCAGCGGUACCAGCUGAGUGAAGAGGACUUCCGAGGUCAAGAAUUUAAAGGUCACGCCAGGCCACUGAAAGGCAACAAUGACAUUCUGAGCAUAACUCGGCCUGAUGUCAUUUACCAAAUCCAUAAGGAUUACUUGCUGGCUGGGGCGGACAUCAUUGAAACAAACACUUUUAGCAGCACUUAUGUUGCCCAAGCUGACUAUGGCCUGGAACACGUGGCGUACCGGAUGAACAAGUGCUCUGCGGGAGUGGCCAGGAAAGCAGCCGAGGAGAUAACUCGCCAGACAGGAAUUAAGAGGUUUGUGGCAGGAGCCCUGGGUCCAACUAAUAAGACACUAUCUGUGUCCCCAUCCGUGGAAAGACCAGAUUACAGGAAUAUCACAUUUGAUGAGCUUGUUGAAGCAUACAAAGAGCAGGCCACAGGGCUUCUGGACGGUGGGGUUGAUAUCUUACUCGUUGAAACCAUUUUUGAUACCGCCAAUGCCAAGGCAGCCUUGUUUGCACUCCAAAACCUUUUUGAAGAGAAAUAUGCUCCCCGGCCUAUCUUUAUUUCAGGGACAAUUGUCGAUAAAAGUGGGCGGACGCUUUCUGGACAGACAGGAGAGGCGUUUGUCAUUAGUGUGUCUCACGCAGACCCACUCUGCAUUGGAUUAAAUUGUGCUCUGGGUGCAGCUGAAAUGAGACCUUUUAUUGAAACAAUUGGAAAAUGUACAACAGCCUAUGUCCUCUGUUAUCCCAAUGCAGGUCUUCCCAAUACCUUCGGUGACUACGAUGAAACUCCACACAUGAUGGCCACGCAUUUAAAGGACUUUGCUGUGAAUGGCUUGGUCAAUAUCGUUGGAGGAUGCUGUGGUACGACGCCAGAUCACAUCAGGGAAAUUGCUGAAGCUGUGAAAAACUGUAAGCCUCGGGUUCCACCUGCCACUGUGUUUGACGGGCAUUUGCUACUAUCGGGUCUGGAACCCUUCAGGAUUGGACCGUACACCAAUUUUGUUAACAUUGGAGAACGCUGUAACGUAGCAGGAUCCCGGAAGUUUGCGAAACUCAUCAUGGCAGGAAGCUAUGAGGAAGCACUGAGUGUUGCCAAAGUGCAGGUGGAAAUGGGAGCCCAGGUGUUGGAUAUCAACAUGGAUGACGGCAUGCUAGAUGGCCCAAGUGCAAUGACCAGAUUUUGCAACUUCAUUGGUGCUGAGCCUGACAUCGCCAAGGUGCCCUUGUGCAUCGACUCUUCCAAUUUCGCUGUGAUUGAAGCCGGGCUCAAGUGCUGCCAGGGGAAGUGCAUCGUCAAUAGCAUCAGCCUGAAGGAGGGAGAGGCCGACUUCCUGGAGAAGGCCAGGAGGAUCAAGAAGUUCGGAGCUGCUGUGGUCGUCAUGGCUUUUGACGAAGAGGGACAGGCGACAGAAACAGACACCAAAGUCAGAGUAUGCACCCGGGCCUACCAUCUGCUUGUGAAAAAACUGGGCUUCAAUCCAAAUGACAUCAUCUUUGACCCUAACAUCCUCACCAUUGGCACUGGGAUGGAGGAACACAACUUGUAUGCCGUUAAUUUCAUCCGUGCAACAGAAGUCAUUAAGAGGACGUUACCUGGAGCCAGAAUAAGUGGCGGUCUUUCCAACUUGUCCUUCUCCUUCCGAGGAAUGGAAGCCAUUCGAGAAGCAAUGCAUGGGGUUUUCCUUUACCAUGCAAUCAAGUUUGGCAUGGACAUGGGGAUAGUGAAUGCUGGAAACCUCCCUGUGUAUGACGAUAUCCAUAAGGAACUUCUCCAGCUCUGUGAAGAUCUCAUCUGGAACAAAGACCCGGAGGCCACCGAGAAGCUCUUACGCUAUGCCCAGACUCAUGGCAAAGGAGGGAAAAAAGUCGUGCAGACUGAUGAGUGGAGGAACGGCCCUAUUGAGGAACGCCUGGAGUAUGCCCUCGUGAAGGGCAUUGAAAAACAUAUUAUUGAGGAUACUGAGGAAGCCAGGUUAAACCAGGAAAAAUAUCCCCGACCCCUGAAUAUAAUUGAAGGGCCUCUGAUGAAUGGCAUGAAAGUUGUUGGUGACCUUUUUGGAGCUGGAAAAAUGUUUCUACCUCAGGUUAUAAAGUCAGCUCGGGUCAUGAAGAAGGCUGUUGGCCACCUAAUUCCCUUUAUGGAAAAAGAAAGAGAAGAAACUAAAGUGCUUACUGGCAUCGUGAAAGAAGAGGACCCGUACCAGGGCACCAUUGUACUGGCCACCGUGAAAGGGGACGUGCACGACAUAGGCAAGAACAUCGUCGGUGUAGUCCUUGGGUGCAAUAAUUACAGGGUUAUUGACUUAGGAGUCAUGACUCCCUGCGAUAAGAUCCUGAAAGCUGCUCUUGACCACAAAGCAGAUAUAAUUGGCCUGUCAGGACUCAUCACUCCUUCCCUGGAUGAAAUGAUAUUUGUUGCCAAGGAAAUGGAGAGAUUAGCGAUAAAGAUCCCGUUGUUGAUCGGAGGGGCAACCACUUCGCGAACCCACACAGCAGUUAAAAUAGCUCCAAGGUACAGUGCGCCUGUAAUCCAUGUCCUGGACGCAUCCAAGAGUGUGGUGGUGUGUUCCCAGCUAUUAGAUGAGAAUCUGAAGGAGGAGUACUUUGAGGAGAUCGCGGAAGAAUAUGAAGACAUUAGACAGGACCACUAUGAGUCUCUCAAGGAGAGAAGAUACUUAACCUUAAGUGAAGCUAGAAAAAACGGUUUCCAUAUUGACUGGCUGUCCGCGCCUCACCCAGUGAAGCCCACGUUUCUUGGGACCCGGGUCUUUGAUGACUACAACCUGCAGAAGCUGGUGAACUACAUUGACUGGAAGCCUUUCUUUGACGUGUGGCAGCUCCGGGGCAAGUACCCGAAUCGAGGCUUUCCCAAGAUAUUUAACGACAAGACUGUCGGUGAAGAGGCCAAAAAAGUCUACGAUGAUGCCCAGAAUAUGCUGAAAGAACUGAUUAGUGAAAAGAAGCUGCAGGCCAGGGGUGUGGUUGGGUUCUGGCCAGCGCAGAGCGUCCAGGACGACAUUCACCUGUACGCAGAGGGCGCCGAGCCCGCGGCCGCGCAGCCCAUAGCCACCUUUCACGGGCUGCGGCAACAGGCCAAGAAGGAUUCUGCCGGUACGGAGCCAUACCUCUGCCUCUCAGACUUCGUUGCCCCACUGCACUCGGGCCUGCGGGACCACCUGGGCCUAUUUGCCGUCGCCUGCUUUGGGGUGGAGGAGCUGAGCAGGGCCUACGAGGAGCAACACGACGACUACAGUAGCAUCAUGGCCAAGGCGCUGGGGGACCGGCUGGCGGAGGCCUUUGCGGAGGAGCUCCACGAGCGGGUCCGCAGAGAGCUGUGGGCUUACUGCAGCUGCGAGCAGCUGGACGUCGUCGACCUGCGAAGGCUGCGCUAUGGGGGUAUCCGCCCGGCCCCCGGCUACCCGAGCCAGCCUGACCACACAGAGAAGCUCACCAUGUGGAAACUGGCGGACAUUGAGCAGUGCACAGGCAUUAGGUUAACGGAAUCCUUGGCCAUGGCUCCUGCGUCAGCAGUGUCUGGCCUCUACUUCUCCAACUCGAAGGCCAAGUACUUUGCUGUGGGGAAAAUUUCCAAGGAUCAGGUUGAGGAUUAUGCUCUGAGGAAGAAUAUGUCUGUGACCGAGGUGGAGAAAUGGCUUGGACCCAUUUUGGGAUAUGAUACAGACUAACUGUUGGUUUUUCACCUUUUCUGUGCUUGGUGACCUUCGGGGAAAUACAGUCCCGAGUGCCUUCAAAAGAACCGCAACGGCAGCAGCACACAAGCCCCUCUGCAUCUGGGUGGCGCUUGCACUGCUUCAGCUUUUGGCAGACUGGUUGGUGGAACCUUGCAGAGGGCCAGGAUCUUCCUUGGUUCUUGGAAAACAAGCUGCUGUUUGUCAGGGGCCCUUGACGGGCAGCGAGCACAGCGCUGGCCGUGUCCCUGUGUCCCUGGUCCCUCGAGUACUGGGAUAAGCUGGAGAGAGAGGUCUUUUGCAUUUCAAAGCAAGUCAACUUGCAUUUUUCAUUUUUACCUCAGAUCUAGGCGACCAUUUGUUCUUUUUUUGUUUUCUCUUAGCAAAAAGCCUGUACCUCAGUUGAAUACAGACUGUAAUCCUGUGGCAAAAUGACACUGAGAAAUGGGGCAUUUUAAUCCAAAUGGUUACAAUACUCACUUCUGACAGGGAAGAAAGGAUAAGUCUGCUCUCCUUCUGGAAGACCUCGUUUUCUGAAGGCUCAUUUCAAUGGUUGCAGAGGUCCCUUUGGCAGAAGGCACACUCUCACCGCUGGCUUGUCAGGAAUACGCAAGCUGUUUGCCCUAGUGUGGUCAAGUAUAGGUGUUCUCCCAGCACUUUGUCGUAACUUCAUCUGCCCUAGCCCCACGAGAAAAAGAGGAGGAGGGGACAGAGAGUGUCUGUUCAGGGCAGUGAACGUCUUUCAGUUGUUUUCCAGGAUUGAGCCGGCUCGCUCAUGAACUGUGGUGUCCUCUGCAGAUUUGGACAGGUGAAUAGCUUAAUUCCACUCAGUUCUUGCUUUUCUGUGCUGUCCCAACCCCAAACUCCUAGAGUUUAGGAAUAGCAUGUUGACUUGUUCUCCGUUAUUUCAGGGGAAAUGGUUAAGAACAUUUGCUUUGGAGUCAGACACACAUGGAUUCAAAUUGCAGCUUUGCCACCUACUUGCUGUACAACAGGCAAAUCACUUAAGCUCUCCCACACUAUUUUCUCAUCUGUAAAAUGGGAACAAUGAUACUAGUUCCCAUCUCAUGGACAUGAGGUGUGGAGUAAAUGAGACAAUGCACAUAAGGCAGGUAAGACGGCGUCUGGCACACAGUAAGUGCUUAGUAAACUGUAGCUUCUGUAGAGCUCUGUAGGUAGUUCUUUGAGCUCUGCACACAGUAGGUACGCGUAGGAAGGGAACAAGGGAUUAGUGGAAGUAAAAAGAUACUGUGGAGAUGCAUAUAGUAACGAAUGCAGUGAGUAUGGUGGGUGCCCUUGUGGGUUUAGAAUCCCGUUUAACACUGUGACUGGGAGAGAGAGGCCACCCUGUGUCACAUGCACCUCUCGUGAUAGAAGCUGGCCUUGCCCCCCAAAGCAUUUACACCAAAUGUACAUUCAGGCACAUUAGGAGGUGAAAGGGAAGAAAACUUAGGAGCUGAGGAUCCUGUGUGUCCGUGGUAUAAUCGUCUGUUUACAGAGUGACACACCUUCUCAGGCAUUGUGUGCCCUUAAAGUGAAGAGAACUGUGUGUUUUCGGUACAUUGAAUUUGUGCUAGACUGAGAAUGAGACUUGGUUUCCUGAGACACUUAGUUGGAGGACUUAUUUUUUGCUCUGGAGCAGGUAUGUUCUUUGUUUUGGUACAUUCUUCUGUGAGAAAGAAUAACCUUCAGACACAGUCGUGCGCCGGGUAAUGACAUUUCGGUCAAUGACAGGCUGCAUAUGCCAUGGUGCCCUCGUGUGAUGAUAUGGAGCUGAAACUUUCUGUCGCCUAGUGGUGGCAUAGCCAUACUGACGUCGUAGCUUUGGCUUAGUUGCAUUGUUAUUUCAAUAAAUUUAAGAUUUUAAUUAAAAGAAUUUUUUUUUAACGUAAUGUAAUUGUUUCUUAAUUCUGUUUAAGUGAACACAGGAAAAUUUGAAGAAUUCCAGUGGCAAACAUCUUAGCGUUCAAGUGCUUGGUUAUUUUUUAAAGAAUGCAACUCUUCUCAGAAAAGGUAGCAGUUAGCUUUGAGAUACAUUUCAAUGGCUCCUGUUAUAUAAAACUUUAUGUGAAUCCUUCCAUCGUCAUCUGGUUUCUCCUUAUAGCUGUGGGCAGGUGCUAACAUCUGUCUUACAACUGGAGGGAGCUGAGGUGCAGGAAAUCCAAGUAAGAGCUUGGUCCUUAGAGCCAAGGCUGGUUCCUGGUCUGCAGAAUCCCAACUCCCUCCGCUGUGCUUUCAAAUUAAUUAAUUCUUGAAUAAA